AUGAACGGGCCAAACGAUCAAGGAAAUGUCUCGCCGGCCGAGUACACACGCCGGGUGAGGGCUACAAUGGAACAGCGCAAACAGCACGAUCUCCAGAACCGCCAAAAGUACCAACCAUACGUCCAUUCGCAAAUGCAGCGACUCUUCCGGGACUAUCGGGCGCCUCUCUACGCUCGUGUUACUGGUGUAACUACGCAGCGCAGUUUAGCCCUCGCCGAGUCAGUGGCUGUCUCUUUCGCAUCUCACUACGACCGAAACUUGGAGGAUCACGAAACCCAGGCUAUUUCCGAGCAUCUUCUGACGGCGACAAACAACAAUGUCCUGGCGUCAUUUGCAACCACAGGCUUCGCCUUGUUCAUGACUUGGAGAGGCAGACGCACCAUGAAGUUCCCUAUUUUCACACCAGCAUUCGCCCAAAACCCUGGUCCAGAACGAUCACUCAAGCGAGCCAUGGCCCAUGGCGCCCGGCUCGUCGCAUACUACGUGGUCGGUGCCCUCACCGUCCAGCCAGUUUUACAGGCUCUUAUCUUUUGGAAUCGCAAGUUCGCUACCGACAAGGACCCUAGGCUCAGCCGACUAUUGAGAGAGGCACGAAACGAGGCCGCUAGCAUUACCUCCGGUGCCAUGUCUGGCGAUUAUUCACAAAAUACCGAAGCAGAAUAUUCUUCCGCCGUCUACGAACAACAGCCCACAGACUCGGAAUCGCAAAACUAUUCGGAUUCACCCAGUCGCCAGAUUCAGCCUCAGCCGCAAUCGCAACCGCAGCAGAAUUCAUGGUCGGCACGCCCACCCAUUAGCACCCAACAAGCCAACUCGAACGAUCCUUGGGCCUCAUCUGACAUUGACGAUGGCUCUCCGGUCGCACCAGCUGCGCAGAGAGACAGCUUUGCGGCUAAUAGCAACGUUUCGGCCUGGGAUAGAGUCCGUCAGCAAGCCUCCGGUGGUCAACGACCUCAAAUACAACAGCAGCCCACUCCACCGCAGAGCUGGGGCCAAGAUUCAGCUAGUGAUGAUAAUCGCGAACGUAGCCAGGCCCAGCGAGAGUUCGAUGCAAUGCUAGAGAAGGAACGGCAGGGUUCAGAACAGGAGAAUAGUUCUUGGGGUAAAUAG